CCGGUCAGAGAGGAACCAAUCAAGGCAACCUCCUACAAAAGCCGCCGCCGCGGAAGAGGAGACAGGAUCGGGCGAGCGUUGCACGGGGAACCGGCUUCUCAAGUCUUCCUACCAAAGAUGUGGCAAUUAUUUCCCCAGCCUCGGAAGAUCCAGGGAGUACCACAACUGGGGCGGAUGGCACCGAGGGCGCUUUAGCUACACAGCUGGUUCUCGCUCUGGUUCCAAUAAAAAGAAGACCGAGACUCCCAGGAAGGGGAUAAAAACAAGGAACUGAAAGGGGACCGGGACGCGAAGAGAGAAAAUGGACGUAGAAACCGCCAGCACCAGCAGCAGCAACAACAACCAGUCCGAGACUUCUUCGGACAAGAUCGCCCCGGAGACCGAUUUGACAAGCCCGGGUUCGUUCAAGGUCUACAAGCGGCGCUGGUUCCUGCUGACCGUCGUCUGCCUGGUCAGUUGCUCCAACGCAAUGUUAUGGUUGACCUUCGCUCCAGUAGCUGAUAAAACGGCAGAACGCUUCCACACCUCAAUGGAUGUGGUCAACUGGCUCUCCCUUGUGUACAUGGUCAUAUCCGUUCCAGUUGGGCUCCUAGCAAUAUGGAUUCUGGACACUGUUGGGCUUAAAUGUGCUGUGAUACUCUGUGCCUGGCUGAACAUGGUGGGAAGCAUUGUUCGGAUUUUCAGCAUCCUCAGUUUCCUGAGUCUGGGCUCUCUCAAUGUUGUAUACCUGCUCGUAGGGCAGUGCCUCUGUGCUGUAGCCCAGCCUCUCAUUAUUUUUUCACCAACCAAAGUAGCAGCCUUAUGGUUCCCAGAGCACCAGAGAGCCACAGCCAAUAUGAUUGGCUCAAUGUCCAAUCCAUUGGGCCUUCUCAUAGCUAACCUACUGUCGCCUGCACUUGUACAGGAAGAAAAGGAUAUUCCCUUAAUGCUUGGAGUGUAUGCAGGGCCUGCUGUCUUUGCCUGUGUCUUAGCAACAGUUGGCAUUCGUGACAAGGUCCCUCCAACACCGCCAUCAGCGAGUGCCAGUCAUUCUAAUUCGCCAACUUUCUUUGGAGGCUUGAAGUUGCUUCUGCGAAAUAGGUCUUACAUCAUCCUGGCUCUCUGCUUUGGGGGAGGGAUAGCGAUAUUCACCUGUUUCAGUGCUCUGUUGGAACAGAUCCUGUGUGUAAAUGGAUAUUCAAAUUUUUUUGCAGGUUUGAGUGGUGCCUUGUUUACUGUAUCUGGACUCAUUGGUGCCUUCUUCCUUGGGUUGUAUGUUGACAGGACAAAGAAAUUUACUGAAGCUACCAAGAUCAGUCUUUGUCUAACUGCAUUGGCUAGCAUUGGAUUUGCCGUGGUGUCUCAGUUAAGAAACCAGACCUAUGCUGUGGCAGUUCUCAGCUCACUCUUUGGAUUUUUUGGAUUUGCAAUCUAUCCUGUUGCCAUGGAACUAGCUGUUGAAUGCUCUUAUCCUGUGGGAGAAGGAACAUCCUCAGGGCUGAUUUUUGUGACUAGCCAACUCUUAGGAAUUCUGUUCAUGCUUUUGCUCCAAAGCCUGGCGGUGAAGAGAGAGGCAUCAUUCUCUACUUGUACUGCAACCCAAGGCGAAGUACUGGACUGGUCAGUUCCAACACUAGUGAUGGCUGGACUCUGCAGCAUGGCAGCCUGUUUCUUCCUGGUUGCCUUUCACACCAAUUAUAGAAGGAUCUUUGCAGAGACAUCUCAUGGCUGUUCAGUCAACGAAACAGAAGAUGAUGUUGCAGUAACAGCACAAAAAUGAAAUGCUUCCAACUGAAAUCUGGACUAACCCAAGGGCCUCAAAAACAGUUUUUGAUACUUCAGAGACCUCAAGUACCGCAGCUGUACAGAACAGCACAUUAAGUUAUAUCUUCAUGGGAACUGACUGGAGCAAAUGUUGCGGCUUAUUCAUAAGCCCACUUAACAGGAAACUUCAUCUCCCGCCCUCCAUUCCCCACACGAAUUGGAGACAGUCUUUUAAAGAUGGAAUACAAAAAAGAGUCCACCCUGUUAAAAUAGGAUUUAAUCCUUAUUGGUGGGGUUGAAGUGCAGUAGAGAACAGGCCAGCAACUCCCUUUCCCUAGCAAGCUACACAGAGUGUCUGAGCCUCACUCAAAGAGUGGCUUGCUUGAGUCCUCCAGUACCUUACACUUCUAGGGUUGUUGUGCCAAUUAAAUGGAAUAAGCCGACUUACACCAACCAAAAUUCUGUGAAUGAAGAGGCAGAUGUGAAUGUAAUAAUUCGUUUUCAGUAUUUCCAACUUUGGGCAACAGCAUAUUGAUGAAACUUGAUUUGUAAAAUGGUCUAUAAAUAUUUAAAUAAAUAAAAUAUAUUUCUGAUGUUG